AUGCCACUAAACUUCUCCAAAGAGUUCUUGCGCCAGCGUGCUUGUUGGAUCCGCGAUGAGCUUGAUCCGCGCAUCUCCCGCGAUGGCCCCGAAUGCAUGCAGCCGGAUGACGUACUUACGUUGCAUGAGUUGUUCCUUGGCCUUCAGAGCGCCGACCUCUCGAUAGCGACACUCCGGUAUUCGCGCAUACACGUCGUUGUGCUGGAAGUGUCAGGAAAGGCAACGCGCUGGCCAAAGAGGCUGGCCGAGGAGUGCGACAAGAUCGUUGAUCUGUGGACGAAAAAGUACGGCAAACUGAGCGACAUUCGCCCAAGGCUGUUCAAACCAGAUGGAAGGCUUUAUGGUGUCUGUACCGGAAGGGAGCUCACUCGCGAUGCUCUUGUGAGGUUCUGGUCGCAGCAAGACCCCAGCUACAUGAGUCCGGACAGAGGCAUGCAGCAUGGAUCACUUGGCUUCAGCCCUGGAGAUUGGUGGAUUAACGGCACCUUUGCUUUCCAUUCCGGCAUCAUAAACCUCGAUUGUACCGACGGCGGUAUCUGUGCCAACAGCCGAGGCGCCUACGCAGUGGUCAUGAAGGAUAAUGACGAAGUGUACACCGAGUCCCCGGACAAGUUCAAAUAUCGCUGCAAGCCGAAUGACCCAGGUCGAUUCCGGAUGACUUCUGCCGACUUCCAGUCUCGGUUUCCCAUAAGAGUACUCAGAUCUCACACCCUGAAUUCUCUUUGGGCGCCAAGGUCCGGGAUGCGAUACGAAGGCCUAACCACGGGAUGGUCCAUCAGACCUGCCGAUCCAGCGGAAAAUGGCGGCUCAAGCCUCAUAUGGGAAAUAAGGCUGGAGCGUGACUACACUCUCGAGGAUGAACACUCACAAAUUCCGCCCUUAAAGCAUCCCACAGCCGAAGAAACAGACGACUACAUGGAGUACAAGAAAGUUAGGAAGGAAAUGCUCCACAAAGUCCGCGAGAGGAUUCUGAAUGGCGUUCCCUCCAAAAAGCCCCCCUCUCCGCCAGCUGCGCCUUCCGCCCCAGAGAAGCCAGCUAUUACGAUUCAGUCCCCUCCAAUGUCUCCUAGAACAGAAAUGCCCUUCUUUGUAGGUGAUUACUGCCUGAUGCGGGAGCCAGUGCUGCCAGGCUCUCCAGAAAGCCCACCUCUAUCACGCACUUCCUUCUUCCAACCACCAUCGCCACGGGUGCAGACUGGUCCAGUAGUCAAGUCACAGCGUGAGACCCAACCACAACCGCGCAGCCUUACCGUUCCGCAGAGCCUUCGCAAGGCCCGGACACAGAAGCCACAAGGUGAAGCCACCUCCGCAAAAUCCGCCACCCCAUCCCAGCAGCCGCCCGACACCAGCGCCAAAUCGAGCGUCAAAGACUUCGCUCGAGCGCUGUCGACCGGCCGCGAUGCCAGAAGCAGCAUCGCGAAGACUUUCACGCGCAUCUUCGCCGACGGCGCUCUUGACAGCGAGAUUCCAGAAUCGCCCUUCGGCUCCGUCCUCGCCGGAUACGACAGGGGCAGCGAACCGUCCUCCUACCCCUUCGACGCACCCCCACCAGUCCCACCGCCACCACCACCACCACCUCCUCCUCCAGCAACCACUCCGGCAGCCGCUUCGGCGGGCGACACGGGUCCGCCGCCCUCGGAAAAAGGCAGCAAAGACCCCAUCCUCCGCCAAGUCCACUGGGGAACUCCCGUCGACGCCGACGAUGCCUCGGGAAAAAAUCAGCACCACCCGCCCCUGUCCACGGACAAGCCCAAGAAGGGGAAACCGCGCCACCUCCGGCGGCGCGACCGCGCCGUGUACGAGGACUACGACCGCCAGGCGGAGGGCGUCGACCCGCGGCUGCUGCUGGCCGCGCUCGACGACGUGUGGGACGAGUGCCCGGACCCGGAGUAUCCGGACAUGGCGCUCGAGGGCGAGCCGGCCGCCGCGUACGAGGGCAUCAGCUUGGGCUCUGGCUCGGGCUCGCGCUCGCGCUCCCGCUCCGGCUCGCGCUUGGACUCGUACUACUCGGGCGGGUUCGGCAGCGAUGGUGGUGGUGGUGGCGCCGGCGCCGGAAGGGCGCAGAGGAGCAGCAGGGGCGACGAUCAACAACAACAACAACAAGCGGCUACGACGGCGGCGGCGGCGACGACUGCGGCGGGAGAUGGCCGGGACAUCGGUGCUGCUCUUGCGGGUCCUGGAGCGAGGAGGAGCUGGCAUGGCGGUGAUGUCGAGGCCGCCUCCGCCUCCUCGUCCUCGGCUGCACACGAGAUGGGUGGCAGCAGGUUGAGGGAUCAUCAGCUGGCGGCGGAGAGCAACAGCGCGACGACGACAACAGCAACAACAACGACAAACUCCCCCGAGGACAUGAUGGUGGUGGCGAGGCACGGCCAGCCGCAGCAGCGCUUGUUGUCGAGCGGUAACGCCGGCAUGAUGGGGAGCAUCGGUGGUGGUGGUGGUGGUGGUGGUGGCAGCAGGAGAAGGAGCAGCAGUCUCGGCACGUUCGACUCGCGCAUGCCCAGCUGGACGCCGGACGAGUCUGCCGGCGGCGGUGUCGGCGCGGCGAGCAGGCGGGCGAGGAGGCCGACGAUUGUGCGGUUCUCGGGCAUCUUCAAGCGGAAGAGUUUGGACGAGACGGUCGACGAGGUGGUGGACGAAGGGGUGGUGGUGGAGGAUGAGGUGCAGAUGAAGAAGGGAAAGGAGGAGGUGGGUAGGUCGGGUGCGGUGGCGACGGAGGUGGUGAUGAGUGAUGGCUUUGGGGACGAGCCUUUGUGA